UUGUCCUCCUCACUUUCUCAGCCCAUCUUCCAACAAAAAGCAGUGGCGACUUUUGCAUAAACCAAACUUAGAAUCAAAUUGGAAGAGAGAAAAAAAAAAUGGUGGACUUGGCUAGGGUUCAGAAGGAGCUCCAUGAAUGCAACAGAGAUGUUCAGGUUUCUGGAAUUAAUGUUACCCUUAAAGGUGACAGUCUCACUCACUUGAUUGGUACAAUCCCUGGUCCUGUUGGUACUCCUUACGAAGGCGGUACUUUCAAGAUCGAUAUCACUCUUACUGAUGGCUACCCAUUUGAGCCUCCAAAAAUGAAAUUCGCCACAAAAGUUUGGCAUCCCAACAUAAGUAGUCAAAGUGGAGCAAUAUGCCUAGACAUCCUGAAGGACCAGUGGAGCCCAGCGCUAACUCUCAAGACAGCUCUCCUUUCUAUACAAGCAUUACUUUCUGCUCCUGAACCUGAUGAUCCACAAGAUGCAGUUGUUGCACAGCAGUAUCUUAGAGAACAUCAGACCUUUGUCGGCACAGCUCGUUACUGGACUGAGACUUUUGCAAAAACAUCCACACUUGCUGCAGACGACAAGAUACAAAAGCUUGUGGAAAUGGGCUUUCCUGAAGCUCAAGUGAGGAGUACUUUGGAAGCAAAUGGUUGGGAUGAAAACAUGGCUCUUGAAAAGCUGUUGUCCAGCUAAAACCCUUCUACUGCAACUCAUAUUUUGACAAGACAAUUAUAUCCUUCCAGCAAAAGCUGAUGACCAGAAUAGAGUCACUCGGUUAUACUGUUGCUUGACAAUCUUGUUUCUGUCUCCUUUAUGGUUUGCUGUUGACACCUCUUCAUAUCCUGUGAAGAUUCUGAUGUUAUUUUUACAAUAUCAAGCAAAUUGCAUAUGAAUCAUGGGGAGGAAUUGGACUUUCCGGGUGAAAUGUUAUUAAAUAGUUCAGCCUAAGCUUGCCUAUUGCUGUCUUCUUUUGUAAAUUUAUUCUACUAAAUUACUGUUACCUUCUUUCUCAUAACCUCUUAUUCUCUGAAACUUAUAACUGCAUUAUAUACUC